UGAUAUCAAUGAUUAUCUUCCGAGUAUACACCGAUCGCCGGUUGCCGAGAACGCGGUCGGAGACGCCGAACGACGACAAUACGGCAUCAUCAUCGAUCCGCAUCAGUUUACAUUGUGUACACAUCAUUCUUUCGGGGUAUUUUUGACUGUCGGUGACAGACAUCGUGAUAUUACCCGGAGAUCUUGUGUAAUCGAUUCUGAAAUUGCAUUCGUUUCGUCGUCGUCAACGAGAUUUUUGUCACUUUGUCAGUCUGUGACAUCGAAUCGACCAGCUUUCAGUAUUCGUACGGUCCAUCUCGACAUCGUCGACAACGUUAUACGUAAUUAUACAGUUUGAUGUGGAAAUCAAUUUGAUUUUAAGCUUGCUGAUAAAUAGCAGUAAUUCAUAAGUUGUGAAAACUAAAAUUUAACAAUGCUUGCCUUGUCAAAACUAGCAUAUUUUGAAUGUAACGAAUUUCAAAAGCAUUGGUAUAAUACUACACCAAAUAAUGUAAUCAGAAUUGUUAUCCAUCCGUGUUGCGAAACUUUAAUACUAUACAUAAAGGGAGAAAAAAAAAUUAAACCUCGGUUGGAUAUUAGGUUAUGUGCCAUUGCUGCAGAUAAUGGACAUUUAGAUUGUUUAAAAUUCGCUCGCAGACUAGGGUUUGCAUGGGACAAAGAUGUUUGCAUGGGUGCUGCAAGAAAUGGUGAUUUAGAAUGUUUAAAAUAUGCCCAUGAAAGUGGUUGUCCGUGGGAUAGAAGCAUAUGUUACACUGCUGCAAAACAUGGUCAUUUGGAUUGCUUAAAAUAUGCUUAUGAGAACAAGUGCCCUUGGGACAAAUAUACAUCCAACUGGGCUGCGAAUUCUGGAAACUUUGACUGUUUGGAAUACGCAUUCAAAAAUGGAUGUCCAUGGGACGAAAGAACAUGCAUGUUGGCUGCUCAUAAUGGACAUAUUGAUUGUUUAAAAUUUGCCCAUGAAAAUGGGUGUCCAUGGGCUGAAGACACGUGCAAAUGGGCUGCAAGUAGUGGACAACUGCAGUGUUUGAUGUAUGCUCAUAGUAAUGGUUGUCCAUGGACUGUUGAAACAUGCACCAAGGCUGCAACAAAUGGUAAUUUGAAAUGCUUGAAAUAUGCACACGAAAACGGGUGUGUAUGGGAUAAAAAAACAUGCACUAUGGCUGCCACUAAUGGACAUUUAGAUAUUUUGAUGUACGCCUAUGAAAAUGGAUGUCCAUGGGAUGAAUGUACAACUUUUUGUGCUGCCGAAAGUGGACAUUUAGAUUGCUUAAUUUAUGCUUUUACUCAUGGAUGUGGAUGUGAUGACAAAACGUCCAGUGCUGCCGGCAGAAAUGGGCAUUUGGAUUGUUUAAAGUAUCUGCAUGAAAAUAAAUGUGAUUGGGAUUCAUUUUUGACAUAUGGAUCUGCAAAAUAUGGACAUAUGGAUUGUCUCAAGUAUGCCCAUGAAAAUGGAUGUCCAUGGCAUUCAGAUACAUGCUAUAUGGCUGCAGUAAAUGGGCACUUUGAAUGCUUAAGAUAUGCUCGAAAAAAUGGUUGUCCAUGGGAUGAUAGAACACGUGAAUGGGCUAUUAAUCAUGGACAAUUUGAGGACUGUUUAUAAUUAAUUUAUGAAAAGAUGAUUUUUCAAAUGGGAUGAUAUUGAUUUUAUUCAUUAACUAGAUAUUUCAAACUUAUUUUGUAUAUGAGUACCAUUAUGAAUUUAUUGAUGUCAGGAAUAGUACGUUCAUCAUUUUAAAUUAAUUUUAAUUAAUACUAUAAAAAAAUGCUUAGCAGUUUUAAUUUAUUGUACUAUUUAAUAAAUUUUUUUGAAUUUUAAAUCAGUAUAAUAAUAUUGAAUUUUUAAGUUUAAAUUGAUUUUUUAUAUUUUAUUAUCAUUGUUUAUUUAUUUAUUUAUCUAAAUAAAUCAACAGAAUUUUGCUUAAUUUGAGAUACAAACUUAUGUGCAAAAUAAUUUAUAAAAAUGUACAUUUUAAGCAAAUUGUUAAUUUAAGUAUAAUAUUUAGUACCUAUUUGUUCCUGUAAUUAUGUAGAAAAAAGGGCUUUUGAUAAAAUAUCAGCCAUUAUUAAGAGUAGUAAAUUACACGCACAGUAUUAUUUAUAAGGGAAGAGAUAUUAAAAAAACUUGGGCAAUUUGAAACUACUAUUUUUCAUUAACAUAAUAAUAUAGUUUUAUCAAAUGAGUAAUUGAUAUAAUAAAUAGAAAUUACAUAUUUCUGUUCUAUAAAAAAAUCUUCCAUGUUUUCUUUAAAGAUAAUAUAUUAAUAGCAACAAGUUUUGAUAUCAAAAUAAGGUACAUAAUUAUGUUAAAAUAUUAUAUUCACAUUAUUUAUUUUUAGCAUUGGUAAGAUGUUACUUGUUCUGAAGAAUUCAUUUAAUCCUAUAUACUUAAUAGUUAAUACUGUAAAUUCUUAUUAUUUCUUAUUAUUUAAAUGUAAGAUUAUUAUCUAAAAAACAGAGAAUCUCAUAAGUUUUAUUUGUACUUAAAUUUAAAAAAAAAGCUAUGAUUAGAAUACAAUUAAAUAUUAUUUGUGAAUUUUAAAAUAUUCAUAAUACGCUGCCUCUUAAAAAGUUAAGUUAGAAUUAUUAUAUAUUAACCUAUAAGGCUAUAACCUUUUUAUUUUAUUUUGAAGAACUAUAACCUAUAAAAUCAUUAGUUAAUCAGUUUCAUGCAUUGUAUAUCUAUAUACCAAGUAAAUAAUUAUAAUAAUUACUUAAUUAUAAUAUUUUAAAUUGUUCUCAUCUAUAUCAUAACCGAUCUAUAAUUUACUUCUGUAUUAAAUAUUUAAUCUAGAUUCUAAUUUAUAAUACUGUAAUAUAAUGACUUUCACAUAAUUUAUGUUCUUUUUUUUUUAUAAGAAAUUUACAAUCUGUACUUCGGGCACAAUAAGUAAAUAUGAUACAAGAAAAGAUCUUAAAAGAUUCUUACCUUAAAAAUUGACAGCUCACUCUAAUAUUAAAGCUAAUAAUACAAAAUUAUGUCUACUGAAUGCAAAUUUGGUAUGUGGUUAUGUUCUUUGGUUGUAAGUUAUUAAUUGGGUUGGUUAAAAGAUUGUUAUUAUUAAUAUAUUUGAUUAUUUGAUAUUAUUGAAUGUGUAUUAUAUAUUGUAGUAUUGAUAAAUAAAUCUUUUUAUAUUGUUA